UUUUUUUUUUUGUAACAGAAUCCCAGAGUUUAUUCAGGUUAAUAAUGUGCCCAGCUUCCUUAGCAUAUAUAAAAGUAGCCAUAUGACUAAGUUCUGGCCAGCAACAUGGAAUUAGGAGUGUUGAGUGAUUGAUGCUUCUGGGAAAUUUCCUUAAUAUUUAAGGCAUAAAGAGAAAUGAACCAGCACAUCUUCUCUGUUCUGCUGGAACAUGAAUGUGGUUGCUAGAGCUCCAGCAGGCUUCUUGGAUUAUGAAGUAACCUUGGAAAUAGAAACCAUGAUUAGCAGAGCAGUAAGAUGGAAGAUUGGAUCAUGAACUGUGGUGUUGCCCUGGACUGCUGUGAAUAAAGAGGAAAGCCUAAAACAAAAAGAGCCAAGAGAUUCCUUGAGAAGAGAGAACCAAAACUCAGUGAAAAUAUUAAAAAUGCUAUGCUGAUUAAAGGAGGAAAUGCAAAUUCGACAGUGACACAAGUACUUAGAGAUGUGUAUGCACUGAAGAAACCAUAUGGCGUUCUAUAUAAAAAGAAAAAUAUUACAAGACCAUUUGAAGAUCAGACAUCAUUGGAAUUUUUUUCAAAGAAGUCAGAUUGUUCUUUAUUCAUGUUUGGCUCCCAUAAUAAGAAGCGACCAAAUAAUCUAGUAAUAGGUCGUAUGUAUGACUACCAUGUGCUGGAUAUGAUUGAAUUAGGUAUUGAGAAGUUUGUUUCUCUAAAAGACAUUAAGAAUAGUAAAUGUCCUGAGGGAACAAAACCUAUGUUAAUAUUUGCAGGUGAUGAUUUUGAUGUAACAGAAGACUACAAAAGGCUAAAAAGUCUUCUUAUUGAUUUCUUCAGAGGCCCUACAAUAUCAAACAUCCGCCUGGCUGGUUUAGACUAUGUUCUGCACUUCACUGCAUUGAAUGGGAAGAUUUAUUUUCGAAGCUAUAAGUUGCUGUUGAAGAAAUCUGGCUGCAGAACACCACGAAUUGAACUGGAAGAGAUGGGACCCUCACUGGAUCUGGUUCUGAGGAGGACACACCUAGCAUCAGAUGACCUUUAUAAGUUAUCUAUGAAAAUGCCCAAAGCCCUCAAGCCAAAGAAGAAGAAAAAUAUCUCUCAUGAUACUUUUGGUACAACUUAUGGAAGGAUUCAUAUGCAGAAGCAAGACCUAAGCAAGCUACAAACCAGGAAAAUGAAGGGGUUGAAGAAACGACCUGCAGAGAGGAUAGCAGAAGACCAGGAGAAGUCAAAGAGAGUUAAGAAGAAUUGAUGGAACUUAGCCAAUAACUACAGUUUAAUUGUAGUCUUUACUUAAGAGAAUUAUCAAGCAUCAGUUAUUUCUGAAUUUCUUAUAAAGUUUUGUUUUAUAUUUUUAUAACUUGGUAAUUUACCUAAACUACAUUAUGUAUGUUAUGAACAAUAACGCACUAGUAUUAGGUUGAAAGUUAUCUUCUUACUUGAAACUAUACCGUGGUGUGCCAUUUUCUCUCUAUGAUAUGAAUUUCCCUCUCAUCCCCCACCACACACAUACACAAAGUCCCCUACCUCAUUGGGUAGGUGAGUGAGGAAGGAUCUCCAGAACAACCAUUGGUAUUUUAGAGAAUUUUGGAUUAAGCUUUAGGUAAAGGGAAGAAGUCAUGGAAAGUUGAAAUGGUCCAAAGUAACUGUAUACACACUCAGUACCUGGAGCUACCUAGAAAGUUGAACCCAUAUCACAACAUGUACUCACAACCUGACUUUUAUUUUUUUCUUUCCUGUUACUUUGCCUGAAUUUCUACCAAUUAGAGAUUUGUUUUGAGAUUUUAAGCUUUUUGUCUUAAAACAUAGGUCUGAAAGAGAUGUCCAGUAUCUGAUCAUUGAUAUAUUACCUUCUACUGAAUAUUUUAAGAGACUUUGCUGCUAAGUGGAGCCCUGUCCCCUUUCUUUGAAAGAAAGGAAGUUUGACAGGGAUAAAAAUGAGGAAGGAAAGAUCAGGUAAGUUUUAAGACACAGAACACUUUAGGGCACUGAGCAGCUCUAGGCAGCUAGAGGUCACAUGAAGGCCCUGGGUGUUUGCAUACCAAGUAGGAGUAAGACAAAGCCAAACAGCUUGUUUUGAAAUUUUCUUGAAGACUGGCCCUGUGCCUAGGAUAACUGGGAAGAGCUUUCUACUUCCUCAUCCUAGUAUUGCACACUUGUUUUCCCUAAAUGUAGGAUUUAGUUUCCUUGAUUGAGUCCCUGACAAAGAAGCUUCUUUAUACAAGUGUAAGCCGAUUAUGUUGUAAAAGCACUAACAUACAUAAACCAUGUGUUAUAUGAUGUA